AUGAGCUAUCCCGGCGCAGCUCCGCCGCCACCGGGCGCAACGGCCGACCUCGACAAUCCUCAAGACGUGUUGAGAACAGUCAACUAUGUCACGCAAGCCUUGACCCUCAUUUUCACGACGGUCUUUGUCCUGGCUCGCUUGUAUGCCAAAUCGAGGAUACUGGGUGGAGGCGUCACGAUGGAUGACUCGUCGAUGCACGGCGGCGGGCUAAACCAGUGGGAAGUGCGCAGGGAAGACAUUCAGCCCUUCUUUCAGUCCGGCUAUGCAGCUACCCUUUUCUAUGCCCCCAUGACGUUGGCAGUCAAGCUGGCCUUGCUCGUCAUCAUCAUCAGAGUCUUCGGCACGGUUCACAAGAAGACCUUGAUAGGCGUAUAUGUUCUCAUCGGGAUGCUCGUUGCCUACUACGGCUCCGGCUUCUUCAUCAAACUCUUCAUCUGCCGGCCGAUAUCCGCGUACUGGAGAGGGGAGCGGGACAAAUGCCUCAACCAAUCCGCCAUUAUUACCUCGGACGCAAUCAUCAGCGUCAUUAGCGAUUUGACCAUCCUUCUACUGCCCACGCCGCUCACCUGGUCUCUUCAACUGCCAAGGAGAAAGAGGCUACGCGUCAGCGGCAUCCUUUGCGCGGGGGGCAUCGCCACAGCCUUCGGUAUAUAUCGCUUAAUACUGAUUGUGACUGAGCGCAACAGCGCCAAUCAAACGAUUGUGUUUGUCAAAGUUAUUUUGUCUGGGUGA